AUGAAAAGAGAAUCAUUGGACCAUAUUAAUAAGUCGUUAACUAGUUCUAACGAUAUUGAAAAUGAUACUUUAAUUGAAGGGAAUGAGGAAUAUGAUGAAUUUGAUAAAUUAUUAUAUUUUCAUUAUAUAACUAUGCAAAAUAAUUUUUCUAAUUACUUUUCUAUCUCAUCCAAAGAUAAAUCAUUUUGUCUUUCUAAUUUUUACAAUAAUACAAAAAAACACUCAGUUUGUUGUGAUUGUGAAUACACAAGAAAGUCAAAUAAUUUACAAUCUUAUUAUAAAUAUAUAUCAAAGUCAAUUGAUUUUGAAAAUAAAAAUUCAAGUCCACAACGUUUAUCAUUAUACAACAAAUAUUCAACAUCAUGUUCUAUACUUCAACGUUUAUCAAAACCAAAAAAAAGAAGUAUUUCAUUGCAUCAACUUCUAACAAAUUACAGUGCUGAGAAACAACUUGAGAAAAUUGCUAUGUUAGCUUCAUUGUAUUCUUAUCCACGAUCGCAGGGCUGUUCAAGUAAAGAAACAGAAAUGUUUUCUAAAAUGAAAAUGAUUUCAAGAUCUAAAUCUCAUGAUAGAAAUAGUAUUGUUAAAAAAACAGUAUUAAUUGGUGAAACUAUUUCAUCUAAAGCAUCAUCCGUUAAUGAAAUAAAUUUACAAGAUUUAAAUUUAUGUGACUCAUCUGUUAGUGAUAUUGUUUAUGAUGAUAAAGGUCAAAUUGUUGCUGGGACAGCAGAAGGUUUAUAUAAAAAAUUAAUGCCAACAAGAUAUUAUUGUCCAAGUAAACAAUUUAUAUUUACAUUUCUUGUAAAUAUGAGAACAUUUACUAAUCCUGAUGAAUUAUUAAAAAAAUUACUUCAACAUUGUAUGUUUGAAUUACAUUCAGAUCCACAAAAUUUUAAAAAAGAAGGUAGAGGAGCAUUAUUUGAUAAUAUUUAUGAAAUAUGUAAAGAAUGGAUUUAUCAAAUACCUUAUGAUUUUUCAAAUGAAUCAAUGAAAAAUCGUUUAAAAGAAUUCUUAAAUUUAAGUGCAUUUGAUGAUAAAUCAAGAGCAAAAAUAAAUGAUCUUUUAAAAGAAUUGGCAGAUAUUUUAGAUAAAACAUCUAAAUAUGAAAAUACUAUAUUUGGUAUUGAACAAACAAUUGAAGAUCCACCACAAGUAACAGAAAUGUUAGGUGGAAUUAUGAAAAUGACAUUAGAACCAUCUGUUGUUGCACAACAAUUAACUCAUAUUGAAUUAGAAAGACUAUCUGUAAUUGGAGUAGAUGAAUUUAUACAAGCUUUAAGUUAUGGUGAUAUGGAUUGCCUUGAUGGAAGUAAAGAGAAAUUAAAUAAAACUUCAAAUAAUGAAGUAGAAGAUGAAAUAACAGAUUCUUCAUCAAAACAUAAAGUAUCAAUAUCAAUAAGAUUUUAUAUAAGUUGGUUUAAUCAGUUAACAUCUUUUGUCGCAACAGAAAUAAUGAGACAUGCACGCAAAAAAUAUAGAGUUAAAGCUAUUGAAUAUUUUAUUGAUGUAGCAAAAGAAUGUAUUAAUAUUGGUAAUUUUAAUUCAAUGAUGGCAAUUGUAGCAGCAUUAUCUCUUCCACCAAUUGCAAGACUUAAAAAAACUUGGAGUAGAGUAGAAAAAAGUAAACUUGAAAUAUUACAACAUCAAUUAAAUCCUUCUGGAAAUUUUAAUUCAUAUAGAUCUACAUUAAAAGCAGCUAUUUGGAGAAGUGAAAAUGCUAAAUCAAAAAAUGAAAUGAUGAUUAUACCAUUUUUUGCAUUACUUUUAAAAGAUUUAUUUUUAGUACAUCAAAGGUCAAGGAUUCCAUUACCAAAUGGUCAAUUAAAUUAUAAAAUGUUUAGUCAAUUUGCAGAUCACAUAGCUAAUCUAAAUUGUUGGAGAACAAAAAAAUGUUCAUUUAAAAAGUAUCCUUCAAUCCUCCAAUAUUUGUUGUUAGCACCAAAUUAUAGUGAAAAAAAUAUGCUUUGGCUUUCAUAUGACUAUGAAAUGGCUGAACAAGGAAUUGAUAAAAUACAAUAUAAAAAAUUAAAAGAUGAACAUAAAAAAAAUAUUCAUAUUGAAAUUAUGAAACAUAAAAACUAA